UUUAUCUUUCUUGGCCUCCCUUUUAGUUNUAUCUGGAGCUGGUGGUCGGGCAAUUCAUAUGGGCGCCGCGCAUUUUAGUAAUGGCCGCCGGGGGAAGAAAGUGACGGUGGCAUUGUUCUUUGCAUGCUUGUGGGCUCUGUGCUUCUCGCUGUCCUCCGCCGGGAGGCCACCUGUUUCGAGGCAGAAACUUAAAGUUGAAAAGCACUUGAACAGACUGAAUAAGCUUCCCAUUAAAACCGUUCAGGCAGCUGUUAAAUACCGAGUUUUGUUUGCAAAGUUUGUGGCUAGUGUAGUCCAGAUGGGGACCUUAUUGACUGUGUCCACAUCUCUCAUCAGCCAGCUUUUGAUCACCCUUUUCUCAAAGACCAUAAAAUCCAGUUAUCAUCCUGAAGAACUAUUUGAUGAAGAGAAAAUGUCAACAGUGCCUAAAGAAGGAGAAAAACCGAUAACACAGCUUUGGCAUAUGAAUGGGAUGUGCUCUGAUGGCACUAUUCCAAUUAGGAGAACAAAGAAAGAAGAUGUGCUGAGAGCAAGCUCUGUCAGAAAUUAUGGAAAAAAGAAGCAAAAAUCCAUAGCCAAACCCAAGUCGGCACAGCCAGACAUGAUCAAUCAAAGUGGUCAUCAGCAUGCUAUAGCAUAUGUGGAAGGGGACAAGUAUUAUGGAGCAAAAGCAACAAUCAACGUUUGGGAACCCAAAAUACAGCAGCCUAAUGAAUUCAGUUUAUCUCAAAUUUGGGUCUUGGGUGGAUCAUUCGGUCAGGACCUUAAUAGCAUUGAAGCUGGCUGGCAGGUCAGCCCGGAUCUCUAUGGAGACAACAACACAAGACUCUUCACUUAUUGGACAAGUGAUGCAUAUCAAGCCACAGGUUGCUACAACCUUCUUUGCUCUGGCUUCAUUCAAGUCAACAGUCAAAUAGCAAUGGGUGCCAGCAUUUCUCCUGUUUCUUCCUAUCGAAACUCGCAGUAUGAUAUUAGCAUUCUUAUUUGGAAGGACCCAAAAGAGGGACACUGGUGGAUGCAAUAUGGCAAUAAUAAUGUGAUGGGUUAUUGGCCUUCUUUCUUGUUCUCCUAUUUGGGAGACAGUGCAUCGAUGAUAGAAUGGGGGGGCGAAAUAGUAAAUUCGCAGCCCAACGGCCAGCACACUACGACUCAAAUGGGAAGUGGCCGCUUCCCAGAAGAAGGGUUCGGAAAGUCGAGCUAUUUCAGGAACAUUAAAGUGGUCGACAGCUCAAACAACCUUAAAUCUCCCAAAGGUCUCGGGACUUACACCGAGCAAUCCAACUGCUACAGUGUCAAAACAGAGAGUAAUGAUGAUUGGGGAAGCUAUUUUUACUACGGAGGUCCUGGGAGAAACUCUAAAUGCCCAUGAGAAGUUGGCAAAAUGGAAAAACAUGGAAAAUUGUUUGCUUUUAAGGCAGUGUCUUCUAAUAUUAGUAUGAUGAUCACCCCUUGUCUUUCAAUGUAUACCCUCUUGCUUUGUUUUCUGUUAGAUUUGGUCAGUGUCAACAUUUUUUUCUUAGAAUGUUUGGCCCAUGUAAGUGAAUUAGUCUAGUUUCUUAAGAAGAUGAAAAGAAACAGGACUGUCAUUUUCUCUGUACUUAUGUUUAUUAAUCCAUGUUUGAGUGCACUAGUAUGAAUCUUGUGUUGGUCAAUAAUA